AUGAAGUUCCCACUCAAGUCCAAUGACAGCUCGGAAUUCAACGAGGUUGUGCAGAUAGACCAUCAGAAGGUCUGCAUGACAGAGUCGGGGUAUAACCAGAUACUGGUCAUAAUAGACCACUUUACGAAGUUGGCGGAAGCGGUGCCCUGUCAAACAGCCUCAGCGGAGGAGAUUUGUGACCACUUGAUUACACGUUGGAUAUCACGAUAUGGUUGUCCGAUGACAUUUCAGUCGGACAACGGGAAAUCCUUCGUGGGUGACCUGACAAAAGAAUUGAUGAAGAGGUCACACAUUGCUCAAGCGCAAUCAACGACUUACCAUACUCAGACUAACGGGUUAGUGGAGAGACAGAACAGAACGUUGGUGAACAUGCUGAGGGAAGCGGUCAAGAGACAACAGGAACUAAACGAGCUCUGCAGAAGGAACACGGCGCAAGCACAAAUGAGGCAGCGGAAGAAAUAUGAUGAGAAGAUACUUCAAGCUAAUACGUAUGCAGUGGGAAAAUACGUCUGGGUGUUCCAGAAUGUUAUACCGCCCAAGGGGACGAAAAAACUACUCAAUAAGUGGCGAGGACCGUUCAUGGCCAUGGAAGUACACCAGCAGGGACGGUUCUACCGCUUGAGUACGGGGCGGGCAGCGCAUUAUGAAAAUCCGAAGCCUCAUGUACCAUCUCCGGAGGACUGGUGCGUACCGCAAAAUAUGGAGGGACUAGAGUACCUAUUGGUAGAGCCAGCAUGCGAAGUGAACGAAAAAGGCACCAGCGAGGACGUGAGCAGGGACAAUAAUAAAAAGAUAGAAGCAGGCUCAGAUGCGGAAUCAUUUGCGGAAGAAGACUGA